AUGACAGAGGUGGAUCUUCUAGUGAAGCUUCGCGAAGCGAUCAAGGAACCCCAUGCAGCCAUCCACAGAAUGAACCUUUCUCGAAUCAGUCUCUGUUUACCACCUCAAACUUCCCGACCGACACUAUAUGCUUUGGGAAUCUCGCGCUACGCCGAAAUCUUCUAUGGACUAGAGGAAGAGUGGGUCACAUUCAUGGGGGACCCGGCAGAUUGGAUCGGUGAGGGAUCGGUGGAUCGCAUCCCCGAUUCGUCUGAUGCAUUCGAUGCGUCUGAUUCGCCUGAGCGAAUGAAAUCCCUGCUGCGUGUGCUUUACGUGCCGGAACUUCUAAGGACAAGGGCGUUGCAGACCGAUCUCCAAUUUUUACAAUCUGUGGACCCCGCCAGUGUGGAGCUGAUGAGUGGGCCAAAUCCUGGGUCGGAGAUCCGGAGGUAUAUCCAUGACCAUGUUGGUCGGAACCCUCAUCUUCUUGUUGCUUGGAUAUGGAUCUUGUACUCGGCUAUUCUGUAUGGAGGCCGUGAACUCCAAUCGCAACUUGUCAAGGCUGGCCCAGAGUUUUGGGAUCUGUCGGCUGCUGAACUUCAAGCUAGCCGAACACCAUCUCCUUUGUCCUUUUGGCAUAUUGAUGAUGAUGAUGCUGUCAAGGCCAAAUUUCGGAAACUGAUCGUCCAUGUCGACCAGUUAUUGACUCCACAGGAACAGCAGGACAUUCUCGACGAGUCACUUCGAAUUUUCCAGAAGCUGGAGUUAUUAACUUUGAGUUUAGACAAGGAGGCGAUGCAGGCCAAUCCUUGA